AGGAGCUACAAGCCAGAGUUCUAGUUUGUUUAGUUAAUUAUUAUUUCUCUAGGAGCACCUUUUAAAAAGGAUCAGGCCCCAGCAGACUUUCCCAGUGACAAACAGGCACCAUGAAGCUGGGACAGCGUCUCUCUGUUUGUGUCCUGCUGGUACUUUCUGUGACAUGGAGCACAAAUGCAGGGAACAUUUUGGUGUGGUACACUGAAGGCAGCCACUGGAUUAACAUGAAGCCUGUGCUGGAGACGCUGAUCGACAGGGGACACCAGGUGACGGUUCUGGUCCCGAGCGCAUCGAUGUUCAUGGACACCAGUGAGCCUUCCCGCUUUCGCUACGAACCCUUCAACGUCUCCGUCUCUAUGGAGGUAAUUGAGGAGUUCAUGGAAGAGUUCCUUCAUUUCUCCAUGUACGAAAUGGAUCAUAUGAGCUACUUGCAGAUUUACAUCAGAUUCAUCAGUCUGAUGAAGUUCAAUGUGCAGUAUUCUUUGAAGUAUUUGGACGGCGUGCUGAAAUCAGAAACCAUCAUGAAGAAGCUGAAGGAGGGCAAAUAUGACCUUCUCCUGGCUGAUCCCAUCUAUCCAGGCAGUGACUUAGUAGCAGAGAUUUUGGGCAUCCCCCUGGUCUUCUCCCUGCGCUUUUCUCUAGCCCAUAACUGGGAGAGACAGUGUGGUCAGCUACCAGCUCCACCUUCCUUUGUCCCCGGUGCAAUGAGCAAACUGACUGACAAGAUGGACUUCUCCGAGAGAGUGCGGAACUUCCUCUUCUACGCACUGCAGGAUAUCGUGCUGGAUAACAUUUUUUGGAAAGAACUAGAUAAAUAUUACUCUGAAGUCAAAGGCAGCCACUGGAUUAACAUGAAGCCUGUGCUGGAGACGCUGAUCGACAGGGGACACCAGGUGACGGUUCUGGUCCCGAGCGCAUCAGUCUUUAUGAACACUAGUGAGCCUUCCCGCUUUCGCUACGAACCCUUCAAUGUCUCCGUCUCUAUGGAGGUCAUAAAGGAGUUCAUGGAAGAGUCCAUUCACUUCUCCAUGUACGAGAUUGAUCAUAUGAGCUACUUGCAGAUUUACAUCAGAUUCAUCAGUCUGAUGAAGUUCAGUGUGCAGUAUUCUUUGAAGUAUUUGGACGGCGUGCUGAAAUCAGAAACUAUCAUGAAGAAGCUGAAGGAGGGAAAUUAUGAUCUUCUCCUGGCUGAUCCAGCCUACGGUGGCAGUGACUUAGUAGCAGAGAUUUUGGGCAUCCCCCUGGUCUUCUCCCUGCGCUUUUCUCUAGCCCAUAACCGGGAGAGACAGUGUGGUCAGCUACCAGCUCCACCUUCCUUUGUCCCCGGCGCAAUGAGCAAACUGACUGACAAGAUGGACUUCUCCGAGAGAGUGUGGAACUUCCUCUUCUACGCACUGCAGGAUAUCGUGCUGGAUACAUUUUUUUGGAAAGAACUAGAUAAAUAUUACUCUGAAGUCAAAGGAACACCCACCAGUGCCUGUGAAGUGAUGGGUAGAGCAGACAUCUGGUUGAUGCGAACCUACUGGGAUUUUGACUUCCCUCGCCCUUUACUUCCUAACUUCAAAUUUGUUGGUGGGAUCCACUGCAGACCUGCUAAAUCUUUACCAGAGGAUAUGGAAGCGUUUGUGCAGAGUUCUGGAGACGCUGGCAUCGUGGUCUUCAGUCUGGGUUCAUUCAUCAAGAACAUCACUACAGAGAAGGGAAACAUGAUCGCCUCAGCCCUCGCUAAGAUCCCACAAAAGGUGCUGUGGAGAUACAGUGGAGAAAAACCAAAGACACUGGGUGCCAACACCAGAAUAUACGACUGGAUCCCUCAGAAUGACCUACUGGGUCACCCCAAGACCAGAGCUUUCAUCACACAUGGUGGCACAAAUGGAAUUUAUGAGGCCAUCUACCACGGUGUUCCCAUGGUGGGUAUCCCCUUGUUCGCUGACCAGCCAGACAACAUGAUCCGCAUGAAGGCUAAGGGAGCUGCAGUUACUGUAGACUUGAACUUCAUGAAGACCGAGGACCUUAGAGAUGCAGUCAAUGCUGUCAUCAACGAGAAAUCGUACAAGGAGAACGCCAUGCGGCUGUCCAGUAUCCACCACGAGAGACCAAUGAGUCCUCUGGAUGAGGCGGUGUUCUGGAUCGAGUUCACCAUGAGAAACAAAGGGGCCAAGCACCUAAGGGUUCAGGCCCACGAGCUCACCUGGUACGAGUAUCACAGCCUGGAUGUUGUGGCCUUCCUCCUUGCCAUCAUACUGUUCUUGAUAUUCAUCUUCAUUAAGACCUGCAGUUUCUGCUUCAGGGGGUGCUGUGGCAGAAAGGGAAAGACAAAGACAAAGGCUGAGUAACUGAUGGAACUGAAAUGUAGUUGAUAAACAGAUGGGUGAAAAAACAACAGUUCACCGGUUGUCCUGCUGGUCUAAAGCAGAUAAUGUAACCACAAAUCUCUGGACUGUUUGACAAUUACUGGCUCGGGAUGAGUUAUUGUUACUACUUUGAAACAACUAAUUUGGUUAAAGAAAUUAAAACACAUAAAAAAAAUCAGUUUACAAUGUCCAGUAUUGUUGUGAAUCUCCUGUGUUGUUUGAGUGGUAUAUUUAUGAUAAAGAGGAAUGAUUUUGUUGUGC